CUGUACUCGGUUCGGCUCCCAGACAAAAUAAUUUGGCAGCCUUGACGACUGCGAUGUGCCCGAUGUAUUUGACAUUCCUACGACCAUCCUAAUCCCUCUCUUGACUCCGACCCGAGUCUUUUCUCACUUGCCGGCCAGAUGUCUGGCGUAGAAAGUGAGCAGCACCAAACCGAGCCCAUUUCAGACCACGACGAUCCUCAGCACGAGAGUGGCUCGGAGGAAGAGGUGGAGGAGCCCGAGUAUGGCUACGCAUCAGAAGAACCUCCACAGGUCGCCGUACCUCCUGCAGUGACAAUAACGGUCGAAGACGCCGAUGCGGAGGAGGAUACCCAAGCCGAGACGUUGCAGGACGAUGCGUAUGACAAUGAAUCGCAAAGCGACGGUACAACGCCCACCGAAUCUCACGUGGAUUCUGGUGAACCACGUCACUCACAGGAGGAGGUAGAUGCCUCGACUCUUGAUACUGCGACCCAGUCCAACGAUUCAGAGAUUGCUCGGGAGGUCAGGGAGGACUCCCAGUCACUACCUUCGCAAGAUGACAACAACACCAACCAGGCUCAGCACGAGACAGCAUCGGAGGUCAGGCCAACCAGAUCAGAUUCGAGAUCUACGGUGGUCUCCCGCCCACUACCGGUCAGCUCCACAGUCUUCGUCGUCAGUGCACUGGAAUCCAUCGGAGCCGCGAAGGAGGUGCGCAGGAACAAGGAAUUCACAGAGGCUGUGCAAGCAGCUUUGGCAAACAUCAAGAACUCGGAGCAGCCGGUCAACCCAGAGAUCAUCUUUCAGCCUCUACAGAUGGCCACAAAAUCGUUCAACGUACCCUUGCAGGUCACCGCGCUUGACUGUAUCGGCAAGUUGAUUAGCUAUUCUUACUUUGCUUUCCCUGCCGUUGCGACAAAUCAUACUGGUGGUGCCGAGACACCACCGCUCAUCGAGAGAGCCAUUGAGGCGAUUUGCGACUGCUUCGAGAAUGAAGCGACCGCCGCCGAAAUUCAGCAGCAGAUCAUCAAAUCCUUGCUCGCAGCCGUUUUGGACGACAAAAUAGUGGUGCAUGGUGCCGGUCUACUCAAAGCCGUCCGCCAGAUAUACAACAUCUUCAUUUACUCAAAAUCUAGCCAGAAUCAGCAAGUCGCACAGGGUUCUCUCCUUCAGAUGAUCGCAACCGUGUUUGAACGAGUUAGAGUCAGACUAGAUGUGAAAGAAGCGCGUUUUAGGGAGCAAGUUUCAAAAUCUGAAGAAGCACUCUCCGGGGAUGCCUCAUUCGAAAGUGCAUCACUGAACGGACUAAAUGGGCACUUGGAUACGCCUGAUCAAGAGACCCCUCCCCAGCUGUCAGACACGCCCGUUCAGGCGCCUGAAAAGUUGACCCUACAAAGCUUCGAGAACACAAAGCACCUUGAUGAUGCAGUUGUGGCUGAUUCAGCUCCUACUACUGUGACGCGAGCUAAAAGAGACCGUAAGAAUACUCGGUCUAGCUCGGGGCCUAUUUCGCGAACGAGUCUCCAAGAAGAUCGUGAGGAGGCCGAGGAGGACGAAGACGACAUCUAUAUCAAAGAUGCGUUUCUCGUUUUUCGAUCACUGUGCAAACUCAGCCAGAAAGCUUUGAGUCACGACCAGCAGCAGGAUCUUCGAAGUCAAAAUAUGCGCUCUAAACUUCUUUCCCUUCAUCUUAUUUAUCAUGUUAUCAACAACUAUACGACGGUAUUUACCUCGUCUUUCUCGAUUAUCAAAAGCGGCAAUAAUGAUGAAAAUACUCCAUUUCUGCAAGUAGCCAAGCCACAUUUAUGUCUCAGUCUUUCACGAAAUGCCUCCAGUUCGGUCUCCCGGGUUUACGAAGUCUGCUGCGAGAUUUUCUGGCUUUCUCUUAAGCACAUGCGCGUUUUACUCAAGAAAGAGCUUGAAGUGUUUUUGAAAGAGAUUUAUCUAGCAGUUCUGGAAAGGCGUAGUGCGCCUCAAUUUCAGAAGCAGAUGUUCAUGGACGUCUUGGAGAGAUUGUCGGGCGAUCCCCGUGCUCUGGUGGAGGUCUACCUCAACUAUGACUGCGACCGCACUGCAUUGGACAAUAUGUACCAAGAGAUCAUUGAACAUCUGUCAAGGAUCUGUAGUACUCCAGUGCUCAUCACACCAGUCCAGCAACACCAGUACCAGGAGCAACAAGGGAAGUCUGCUGCGAACUCAGAGUGGCAUUCGAAGGGGUCCUUACUCCCUAAUUUGACUACAUCUGCCCUUAGUCACCCGCCACCAAUUCCGCCGCCGAUACCAGUGGAAUAUGUUCUGAAGCAGCAAUCACUCCGCUGUCUCACCGAAAUAUUAACCUCACUUGACAAUUGGUCAAGUCAAGACCAGUCGGACCGCUCCAAUGGAUCCCGCUAUCCAGCUUCGAGGGGUUCAUUUGAAGAUUCGAGAGAGUCGCUUGACUACGGAGAGAAGCCUCCACCAUCGCCACGUGUACCAGGACUUGCUCCUGCUUCUGGUGUCUCAACACCGGUAGCCGAAGAUGACCCCAAUGAGAUUGAAAAGGUCAGACAACGGAAAACAGCUUUGAACGAGGCUAUAAGACAAUUCAACUUCAAACCUAAACGAGGCAUCAAGGCCCUCAUAUCCGACGGGUUUAUUCGAAGCAACAAUCCACAGGAUAUUGCGAAAUUCCUUUAUGCCAAUGAUAGGCUCGACAAAGCCAUGUUGGGAGAAUUUCUAGGCGAGGGCGAUGAAUCGAACGUUGCGAUCAUGCAUGCAUUUGUUGAUCUUAUGGACUUUGGUAAAAGAAGAUUUGUGGAUGCUCUCAGGCAAUUCCUGCAAAGCUUCCGACUUCCUGGAGAAGCUCAAAAGAUCGAUCGUUUCAUGCUGAAAUUUGCGGAACGUUAUCUCAGCGGCAAUCCUAAUGCUUUUGCGAAUGCAGACACAGCCUACGUGCUGGGGUAUUCUGUAAUCAUGCUAAAUGUCGAUCAGCACAGUACCAAGAUGAAAGGACAAAGAAUGACCGUGGAAGACUUUAUCAAGAACAACCGUGGUAUCAACGAUGGACAAGAUUUGCCACCAGACUACCUGACUACCAUCUACGAGGAAAUCGCCAGCAACGAGAUUGUCCUAGCGUCCGAAAGGGAACAUGCCGCAGAAUUAGGGAUCACGGCUGCUACUCCGGCAACUGGUCUUGCGUCAAGAGCCGGGCAGGUCUUUGCAAACGUCGGAAGGGAUCUACAGAAGGAGAAAUAUGCUCAAGCUUCGGAAGAAAUGGCCAACAAGACGGAGCAGUUGUAUCGAAGCCUCAUUCGAGCUCAGAAGCGAUCCGCUGUUCGUGAAGCUUUGUCCCGAUUCAUUCCAGCGACAUCAAUCAAGCAUGUCGGGCCCAUGUUCAAUGUGACCUGGAUGUCUUUUCUAUCAGCAUUUUCGAGUCAGAUGCAAGAUGCACAGAAUCUUGAUCUUAUCAAACAGUGCCUCUAUGGAUUGAGACUAGCCAUCAGAAUAUCUUGCCGAUUUGAUCUCGAAACCCCAAGGGUUGCCUUCGUUACGGCUUUGGCCAAGUUCACCAACUUGAGCAACUUGAAGGAGAUGAUGGCCAAGAAUCUGGAAGCUUUGAAAGUCCUUAUCGAGGUUGCCUUGUCGGAAGGCGAUGUGCUGAAAUCUUCAUGGCGGGAGGUUCUCAUGUGCAUCAGCCAGCUUGACAGGCUUCAACUAUUGUCUACUGGUAUUGACGAAGGUGUUGUUCCCGAUGUCACGCGGGCCAAUAUUCCCACACCUUCAAACGCCAGAGACAACAAUCGCAGCCGACGGUCUAUGCAACCGGCCAGACGUCCAAGACCCAGAUCAGCGCACAGCUUCCGUCCGGAAGUUGCAGACGAGACUAUGUCUACUGACAUGAUCCGCGGAGUGGAUAGAAUAUUUACCAACACCGCCAAGCUGUCCUCUGAAGCCAUUAUCGAUUUCGUCAGGGCUCUAAGCGAUGUUAGCUGGCAAGAGAUUCAGUCUUCGGGAAAUAGUGAUUCUCCUAGGACCUACAGCUUACAAAAGCUGGUGGAGAUCAGCUACUAUAACAUGACCAGAGUCAGGAUAGAGUGGACACGGAUAUGGGAGGUCCUGGGUGAGCAUUUCAAUCAAGUCGGCUGUCACAAUAACACCGCCGUCGUCUUCUUUGCACUUGAUUCUCUUCGACAACUCUCGAUGAGAUUCUUGGAAAUCGAGGAAUUGCCCGGAUUCAAGUUUCAAAAAGACUUUCUCAAACCUUUCCAGCAUGUCAUGGCAAAUAGCACAGUCGUCACCGUCAAAGACAUGGUGUUGAGAUGCCUCAUACAGAUGAUACAGGCUCGAGGGGAAAACAUCAGGUCUGGCUGGAAGACAAUGUUUGGCGUAUUCUCUGUUGCGGCCCGAGAGCAGUAUGAGGCCAUUGUCAACAUUGCUUUCGACUACACUACGCAGAUCUAUAACACUCGGUUUGGCGUUGUGAUCUCGCAAGGCUCGUUCCCGGACCUGAUUGUCUGUCUAACCGAGUUUUCCAAGAAUCUGAAAUUCCAGAAGAAAUCUCUUCAGGCCAUCGAACUGUUGAAAUCUACAGUGCCCAAGAUGCUCAAGACUCCCGAGUGUCCGCUGUCUCGACGCCACGGAGGAUCAUCCCAGUCUGAUGCUUCAGGUAUUGUCGCUGGGGUAAAGCAACCGACAUCACAAACGGAGGAAGAGCAAUUCUGGUAUCCGGUACUUAUCGCCUACCAAGACGUCUUGAUGACAGGGGAAGAUCUGGAAGUCCGAUCAAGAGCUCUGAAUUACCUGUUCGAGACGUUGAUAAGAUACGGUGGAGAUUUUCCAAUCGAAUUCUGGGAUACUCUGUGGCGCCAAGUACUGUAUCCGAUCUUUGUUGUCUUGCAGUCUAAGUCGGAGAUGUCUAAGGCUCCCAACCACGAGGAGCUGUCUGUUUGGCUGUCUACCACCAUGAUUCAAGCCCUGCGAAACAUGAUCACCCUUUUUACGCACUACUUCGACUCAUUAGAGCACAUGUUGGACCGCUUUUUGGACCUCUUGACAUUGUGCAUUUGUCAAGAAAACGAUACCAUUGCCCGGAUUGGCAGCAACUGCCUUCAGCAACUCAUUCUGCAGAACGUCACAAAGUUCAGACCCGAACACUGGGCUAGGAUUGUGACAGCGUUUGUUGAGCUCUUCAACCGGACAACGGCUUAUGAACUCUUCUCCGCUGCUGCCACAAUGUCCGAUGCUCGACCAACACCAUCUGCUGAUAGUGGUGAUGGACUGAGUAUUUCAGGAAGCUCAAUCGUCGAAACUCCUACAGAAAAUGGAACACAAGCACAGCUUCCACUCGCCAGUCCACCUGCGGAUGGUCACAAGGAACCGGUGGUGUCGCCUCCCGAGAUAUCACAGCAAGGUGCACAAGAGCUAGAAGAUUAUCGACCUCAUUCAGAUAUGCAAGCUCCUGCCCCAGUAGUGACGGCAGCACGUCGUCGCUUUUUCAACAAGAUUAUCACGAACUGUGUUCUCCAGUUGCUCAUGAUUGAGACGGUUGCCGAACUCUUUUCCAAUGACUCGGUGUACGCUCAAAUACCCUCACCGGAACUACUAAGACUCAUGACGCUGCUCAAGAAAUCAUAUCAAUUCGCGAAGAAGUUCAACGGCGACAAGGAUCUGAGGAUGGCUUUAUGGCGACAAGGAUUCAUGAGACAGCCGCCCAAUUUAUUGAAACAAGAAUCUGGAUCCGCCAACACCUACGUCAGUAUCUUGCUGAGGAUGUACCAUGACGAAGGCGAGGAGAGGAGGUCAAGCAGAGAUCAGACUGAAGGGGCAUUGAUCCCGCUAUGUGCGGACAUCAUCCGCUCCUUUAUCCUGCUCGACGAAGAAACUCAGCAACGAAACAUUGUGGCCUGGAGACCUGUCGUCAUUGACGUCCUAGAAGGAUACACGAAUUUCCCCAGGGACAGCUUCCAGAAACAUCUCGAAACAUUCUACCCUCUUUCUGUUGGGUUGCUGGAGAAGGAAAUCAACACCGACCUUCGUUCUGCCCUGUGGGGUAUCUUCCGUCGAGUCGGCGAGAUACAGUUCGGCAUGCCAGAUUUUAUCAUGGCCACCAGUCGAGGUCGAGAUGGGAGCGUGAGUUCGAUGAGGAAUGGAAGCGUCGGUCCUACCCCCACGAGUCCAGGCCCUUCGUCGUCGUCGUUGAGUUAUGGACGGAGAGGAAGUAGAGCAAGUCGUACUGGAGCGGUGUGAAGAGAGAGAGAUAUUUUGUAUGAAUUAUUUUUCAAACUACAAUAUGUAGGUAGAGAAGAUCUGAUCAUGCCGUGUGAGA